ACGCGCGUGAGUCCGCCGGAACUGAGUUGCGUGCGCACUGCAGGUUCCCGCCGGGAAGACGCAGCUAAAGCGCCAGCGGCCGGCAACAUGGCGCGAUCCGGAAAUAAGGCAGCCGUUGUGCUGUGUAUGGAUGUGGGCUUUGCCAUGAGUAACUCCUUUCCUGGUGAAGAAUCCCCAUUUGAACAAGCAAAGAAGGUGAUGACCAUGUUUGUCCAGCGACAGGUGUUUGCAGAGAGCAAGGAUGAGAUUGCUUUAGUCCUGUUUGGUACAGACAGCACCAACAAUGCCCUUGCUGCUGAGGACCAGUACAAGAAUAUCACCGUGCACAGGCACCUGAUGCUGCCUGAUUUUGAUUUGCUGGAGGACAUUGAAAGCAGAAUCCAACCAGGUUCUCAGCAAGCUGACUUUCUGGAUGCACUGAUCGUGUGCAUGGAUGUGAUUCAGCGUGAAACUGUGGGAAAGAAGUUUGAGAAGAGGCAUAUUGAAGUGUUCACUGACCUCAGCAGCCCAUUCAGCAAAGAUCAGCUGGAUGUUAUAAUUCAUAAUUUAAAGAAAUCUAACAUCUCCCUGCAAUUCUUUUUGCCUUUCCCAAUUGGCAAGAAAGAUGGAACUGGAGACAGAGGAGAUGGCAACUUGCACUUGGGUGACCAUGGGCCCUCCUUUCUUCAAAAAGGAAUCACUGAGCAGCAAAAAGAAGGUAUACAGAUGGUGAGGAAAGUGAUGCUUUCUUUAGAGGGAGCUGAUGGGCUGGAUGAAAUUUAUUCCUUCAGUGAGAGUCUGAGACAACUGUGUGUCUUUAAGAAAAUCGAAAGACAUUCCAUGCCCUGGCCUUGUCAACUGACCAUUGGCUCCAAUUUGUCUAUAAAGAUUGUAGCCUAUAAAUCGAUUCUACAGGAGAGAGUUAAAAAGACUUGGAUAGUUGUGGAUGCACGAACUCUAAAGAAAGAAGAUAUACAAAAAGAAACAGUUUAUUGUUUAAAUGAUGAUGAUGAAACUGAAGUUUCCAAAGAAGAUACUAUUCAAGGGUUCCGCUACGGAAGUGAUAUAGUUCCUUUCUCUAAAGUGGAUGAGGAACAAAUGAAAUAUAAAUCGGAGGGGAAGUGCUUUUCUGUUUUGGGAUUUUGUAGAUCUUCUCAGGUCCAGAGAAAAUUCUUUAUGGGAAAUCAAGUUUUAAAGGUCUUUCCAGCGCAUGGUGAUGAGGCAGCAGCAGUUGCACUUUCCUCCCUGAUUCAUGCUUUGGAUGAAUUAGACAUGGUGGCCAUAGUUCGAUAUGCUUAUGACAGAAGAGCUAAUCCCCAAGUUGGUGUGGCUUUUCCUUUCAUCAAGGAUACCUAUGAGUGUUUAGUGUAUGUGCAACUGCCUUUCAUGGAAGACUUGCGGCAGUACAUGUUUUCAUCCCUGAAAAAUAAUAAGAAAUACACUCCCACGGAGGCACAGUUGAAUGCUGUUGAUGCUUUCAUUGACUCUAUGAGUUUAAUAAAGAAAGAUGAAGAUGAAAACACCAUCAAAGACUUGUUUCCAACUACCAAAAUCCCAAAUCCUGAAUUUCAGAGAUUAUUUCAGUGUCUGCUGCACAGAGCUUUACAUCCCCAGGAACCUCUGCCCCCAAUCCAGCAGCAUAUUUUGAAUAUGCUGGAUCCCCCUACUGAGGUGACAGCAAAAUGUCAGAUCCCUCUCUCCAAAAUAAAGACCCUUUUCCCUCUGACUGAAGCUGUCAAGAAAAAGGAUCAAGUAACUGCUCAGGACGUUUUCCAAGACAACCAUGAAGAAGGACCUACCAUUAAAAAACACAAAACUGAGGAAGGGGAAACCCACUUCAGUGUCUCCAACCUAGCUGAAGGCAAUGUCACCAAGGUUGGAAGUGUGAAUCCUGCUGAAAACUUCCGUGCACUGGUGAGACAGAAGAAUGCCAGCUUUGAGGAAGCAAGUCACCAGCUAAGCAGCCACAUUGAACAGUUUUUGGAUACGAAUGAAACACCCUAUUUUAUGAAGAGCUUGGACUGCAUCAAAGCCUUCCGGGAAGAAGCCAUUAAGUUUUCAGAAGAACAGCGCUUUAACAGUUUCCUGAAAGCCCUUCGAGAGAAAGUGGAAAUUAAACAGUUAAAUCAUUUCUGGGAAAUUGUUGUUCAAGAUGGAAUUACUCUGAUCACCAAAGAUGAAGCCUCUGGAAGCUCUGUCACACCUGAGGAAGCCAAAAAGUUUCUGGCUCCCAGUGAAAAACCAGAUAAAGAUACAGCAGCUGUAUUGGAAGAAGGAGGUGAUGUGGAAGAUUUACUGGACAUGAUGUAGGUCAUGGAUAUGUAGCAAAUCAGAGUUGCUACUCCGUUGGUGCUGAGAGCUCCGAUAGAAAAACCUGGAGGAGGCUGUCCCAGGAGCCAGAGUUUUGGAGAUCAUCCCAGCAAGUUACUUGGAAGUGAAUCACCCUGAAUCUGUGUGGAAUGAAUGCACAUAUGUUUAGACCCUGUACAAGUUUAUAAAGUCGUUGGUAUUUUCUGAUUGGCA